AUGUCCCGCGUUGAAGAGGCACGGUUGUAUAGUUGGAAUGCGGACCUAGAGAAGCGUGCCGCUGCGGUUCGUUCUGCUAGGUCGAAGCUGGAAGAAAAAAAAGCCGCCUGUAUUCAACUGGAGGCUUCUCUUGUUGAGCUUGCCAACGAAAAUGAUGCUAGUGAACGAAUCUUAUUUCAAAAGGAACAGUACGUUGCAUCCCGGAAAGCUGUACUUGAGCAAGCCAAUACAGAGCGCAGCUCCCAGCGAAGCUUAUUGGAUAGAGAGAGAAAGAAAACGACUAUGGAUGCGGAGCGAGUGGAAAAUGCCCUGGAUAAUGAGUGGCGCGGACUCGAGGAGGAGGAAAAGGCAGCGGAAUUGGGACAUCAUCAACGGAUGAACCGCUUUCAGCAGCAACUGGAAGAGCUUGGGAAGCAGGAGACUGAGCUUAUUGAAAAACUCCGGCAACUUCAGAAUGCGGAGUUAAGUGUAUCGAACCUUUUGCGCCAGCUUAAGCAAAAAGACGAACAGUUGAAGUCUUUGUCAGAGGCAAGAUUGCAGCAUAUGCGAGCAGAGUUGCGAGAGCGCGAGGCUUUUUUGAACCAAUAA